AUGCUGCCAACAACGUCCCAACAACCUCAAGAACCUCAAGAACACGAAGAAAUUGCCCAACCACAACCAGAAAACCGAAAUGAGGCGGGUACGUCGGAAGAACCCGUGGAAAUCAUCGCAACGGAGGAAAUCGUUGGAGAAGAGGGCCAAAUCUUCCAGGAACAUUUGCAAUCCGAUCAAAUUGCCGUUGUCGAUGGCGAGGAGAUUAUUUUCGCUGUGAGUUUUGAAUGAAAAAGUAGACUUACAGUAUUUUUUUCUGUGCAGGAAGAAGACUACGUGUACGACACAGUUGUGAGCGUAUCCAAUGAAAGGAAUUACCUUUUUGAUGUGAGUUUACUUCAAAAAUCGAUUUUUUGAGGUCAUUAUCCGGUUUCAGAUGUACCAACCGCACGAGUCAGAGCACGGUACUUUCCUGUGCAAAAUAUGUAUGAGAACCGGAAAACAGACGGAAUAUCCGGAUAGACAGACGUUUGUCGCUCAUCGAUACAAGUGCCACGGGUCUUUUAAUGUCAGUUUUCGAGCAGAAUCUGUUUCUUAUCCUAUUUCUGUUCUGACAAUAAAAAAUCAUCAGUUACAGAACAACGUAAUCUGCCCAAUACCGGAAUGCCGCGAAGUGUACGCCUCCCUCUACACCCUCCGUCGGCAUCUGAGCCAACAGCACGAUCUUCCGCUCGAAAUCCAUCAGCAAUCGUUCGCGAACAUUGGCGAAUUCGAAAAGUUUCGUCAUUUGGUGGAGGUCACCUCGGGUUGUCGGUACAUGAUGCACACGAAACAGCCGAAAUACCGAAGACAAGUUAUGCAUUGCGCGAAGAGUGAGCACAAGUUGGUGCUUCAGACUCAGAAGUGAGUGCGCGCGAAAGUUAAAAAAAAAGAAACUGAAAAGAAAACGUUUGCAGACACCGUCUCCCUCGCGAACGCAUGGCGAAGGAGGGCUCGGCGUGUCCGUCGGUGAUAUCGUACCGUGUGAAUCCGUACAACGGAGAGGUGAACACCUUCAUGCAGCUACUCCACGUGGGCCACGCCCCCGAUCACGCGGCCGACGUGGCCGGAAAUGCGAACAGCGCCCGUCCGUUGGACAUCGUCUUCCCGCAGAAACCGCCGUGCUUCGCCGCCAAUCCGAUGCAGUACGUGCAGAUUGACGUGCACGAAAUGCCGACGGCGGUGUACGGAAACAAAAUGUACGAGUGCAUUCUCGUGGUCACCUGCCUCAAAUCUCGAUUCAUGUGGGCUCGCCCGAUGCUCGAGUGCACCCGCACCGCCAUCGGACGCAUUCUAAACUCGAUAUUCAACGAGUUCGGAGUGCCCGAAGGCUUCUCCACCACCUACUCGCCCACGUACAUUCGGGACACGAUGAAAGCGCUGGAGAGCGUUUACGCGGUGGAGAUCCGUGAGAUCUGGAGCGAACCGCCCCCGUACGCUUCCCUCGAACACUGGGCCAUAGAGAUGGCCGAGCAGGAGCUGGGGACCCGCAAUCGGUGGGUCGAGCAGAUGCAGUUCGUGGUGAUGGAGUACAAUCAGAAGUCAAUUCCGGAAAGGCCUGAGACGCCGUUCCAACGAAUGUUCAACAGAAGACCGCCGAAUUUGUACUCGAACGGAGAUGCGAAUGUGCCGGAUGCGUUGGCUUCGAAAGUGAGACGACAUCAUCUGGAGCUGAGAAGGGAGGACGGACACGUGACGAGCAUGCUCAACACCUGCUUCAAUCCCGGAGACAAAGUGUUUCUAAGAAAAGGAAUCACGAAGCCGAGAAGAGGGAAUAACACACAAUUCUACUUCGGAGUCGUUGGCGAACGGGAUCUCAGCAACCAGUAUUACCCGUACAAAGUUCACUUUUCAAGCACUGACUCUCCGUGGCCCACUGAUAGUUCGUCUUGGUCGUAUUGAACAGAAAGAAAAACUUGAUUUACAGGGAACAUGUUCGUGUGGGUCAGUGUUUUCGACCUCCUUCCAACCACCCACGAAGUCCGUGAAAUGGCACUCGAAGACCGUCAGGAGACCAUUGCCAAUCUUCUGUGCACUUGCUCCGGAGAAACGACCAAAGACUUUGAUCUGUCCGCGUUCGGAGAGCUCGCCAGAAAGACAUCCAAAUGCGUUCUCUACCGAAAUCUUCACUGCACCAAUCAAAUGUCGAGGCUCUGCUGUAAAGUGGAGGCCAAUCAACGCUGUCGAUUCCACGAAUUGUAUCCAGAGAACGACGAGUCGUAUACGGUAGAAUUCAGGGAAGACGUUCAACGGUUCAAUUAGAUUUCUUGCAGAAAAUGGAAGCGGCGAUGAUGUCGUUCAAACAUCAGAACAAGCGGAUUAUUGAGAAGGUGUCGAAAGAGAUGGAGAAUCAUGCGACCCGAGGUCUUCAGGGAGAGGAUAUCAGCUUUGGAGACGAAGAGGACGAAGACGUGGACAUAGAAGACGAUCAUCCGCCGAUUCUGGAGCCGCAAGCUAUUCAGCAGAUUAUGCGGCCGGCGAUUGACGAGGAGGAGCAGCUGGAGCCAUCGGAACCUCUGGCACCGGCUGUCAAGACUCCCGAGCCCAUCGAGUGUGAGGAAGUGGACGAGCAGCUUCUAGAAACUCAGCCGAUAUUCCGAUACGAAGACCCGGAAGAGCAUCCUUCGAAGCAGCAAUCGUCGCCCAGAAAAAGCCGGAAGAAGAAGGAGGAGGGCGACGAAGCGGAGCCGAAACGACGGAAAAUGACUUCUGAAGAACCGUCGGCCUCGGACCGAAGGACGUCUGGAAGAAGGACGAUACGACCGAAGAAUCUGGACGACUACGUCGAAUGA